CCAUUGACAGCCGGCCUAUGUUGUAUCGUUGUGAGCAUUCCCAUCCAAAGUUCCUACCACCCAAACCCAUCCCCAUCCGCGUCGCCGUUGCGGCAACGGCGACGUCGCGACGAGCCCCGGCGGCAGCUUUCCAGCUGCUCCCCAACCCCAACGCAACGCAGCCGCCUGCAUGCUCUCCAGCUGUGUGAUCACUGGCGAGCUUAAGAGAGACUAGUGCGCGCUGACAGAUGCGCUCACCAUGGGCAAGGCCGGCAGCGUUUUCCCUAGCCCUGCGCCGGCAACCAGGUCCAGCCGCUGCCGGUGUGGGUGUGGCGCGGUCGUUGAAAAGGUGGUGGUCAACGGCAAGUGCGUAUCCGUGCUGUUCCUGGCAGUCAGCGGGUUCCUCUCGGCCUUCUUCCUGCUGCUUCGUCUCCGGACAUCAGGAGACGUCCCCGAUGAUCCUGGCAUACUCGCCGAAAUCGAGGCAGGCUUCAUUUUGUCAGUGCCACACUCACAGGUAGCUUCACAGACUGGAAUGCUCGAAAAAGAGAUAUAUACCCAAAUAGGUGUCCCCAACAGCAAGGUUUCAGUUUCCAUGCAACCAUACGUAUAUGCAGACACCACUUAUGUGAAGUUUGGUGUUCUUCCAGACCCAAGAAAUACCUCCAUGAGCACAGAAUCCAUCGACGCACUGAGAGCGUCCUUGAUAAAACUUACGCUACAGCAGCUGAAUCUGUCUCUGACACCGUCUGUUUUUGGAGACACGUUUUGCUUGGAGAUUCUAGGGUUCCCAGGAGGGAUCACGGUACUGCUUCCGCAUAGUGCUCCGCAUGCUGACUUGAGAGAACCUCUCUUCAAUGUCACGUUUAACUCGACCAUUCAUGAAAUAAGGGGGGUUCUUGAGGAGAUGAAGAUUGAGCUUGGAUCCACACUAGAGCAAACACCAGAUGAGGAAUUAUAUGUCGAGUUAACGAAUAUGAAUGGCUCAACGGUUGCAACACCAGUUACAGUUCAAGUUUCCAUCUCCCCCGUUGACCACAGCAUCUAUCUAGGAAACUACAGGCUCGAACAGCUAGCCAGAAUCAUAACAAACUGGAGUGCAAGGAACCUUGGCCUAAAUACCUCAAUUUUCGGCGAGAUUAUAGGUUUGACGUUGUCUCCACUCCUACAAGCCUUCCUUCCAUCCAGUGCUCCUAGCUUCUCUCCAAUAUCACCGCCAUCCAUGCCCUGGCCUCCAAUACCGGAGGGGCCAAAAAUCUACCCUUCCAGGGAAAUCUCAUGCCCUCCUUUGGUUAAAAUUCAAAAUGCAACCACUCAACAUCGCAGACUAAUGCGUGUGCCAUCCAAGACGAUUUCUCCACAAUUGUCGACACGGUUUCAUAGGAAGCACACAUCUGAGGGCAAGAAAAAUAGUAUUGCAGUGCCAGCAACAACAUUCGCUGCACCAGCACCCAAGCAGAAAUGAAUGCUUGAUCUCUAGGUGCCUCAAAGGUUCCAUAAGUUUCCAAACCCCUGCCUAGUUACACCAAGGUGGGUAUGAAGUAGCUGUGUGUGUGCCUAGGCUAAAGUUGUAAGAAAUCUCCGUCAAGUGUAAGUAGAAAAUGGGAAGUUAGUAGCCAGAAAGCUGGAUAACUCCCAAACUUCAUGUAUAAUAGUAUGGCAAUAGCUAAAGAAAUGGCUGGCCAUCUGUCAAUUAUGAUAAUUUUCCAAACUCGUGCAUCUCCAUGAAGAAUGUCAUUCUAACAAAAUUUCCAAGAGCCA